AUGGAAGUAAAUGCAAAUAAUACUUAUUGGGUUUUUAAAUUUAGUAACCACAAUUUAAAUAAUACUAAUAUAAGAAAUAUAGAAAUCUCAUCCAGAGAUAUAUUGAAAAUUAUUUUUCAACAAGCAAUUAAAAUUGGAAACUUUGACAAACUAACCAAUCUAAAGAAGUUAACAAUAAAAAACACAGAAAUUGAAAAAAUUGAAAAUCUAGAUGAAUUAAUCAAUUUAGAAUACUUGAAUAUAUCACGCAAUUGGAAAAUUAGAAAGAUUGAAAAUUUAGAUAAAUUUGAAAAUUUAAAUACAUUGAUCAUGAUAUAUACAAACAUUGUAAAAAUAGAAAAUCUAGAUAAAUUAAUUAAUUUAGUAUAUUUGGAUUUAUCAUAUAAUCUGAUGUUUGAGCAAAUUGAAAAUUUACAUCAUUUAAGGAACCUAAAAAAAUCAGUAUUAUCACACACAAAAAUUGAAAAAAUAGGAAAUUUAGAAACAUUGAACAAUCUAGAGCAUUUGGAUUUAUCGUAUAAUUUGAAAAUUGAGAAGAUUGGAAAUUUAGAUGUAUUGAUCAAUCUAAAAUAUUUAGAUUUAUCACAUAAUUCUUUGAUUAAAAAGAUCAAAAAUUUAGAUAUAUUGAUCAAUCUAGAAUUUUUAGUUUUUUCAUCGGCCGGAAUCAUAAAAAUUGAAAAUUUGGAUAGGUUAGUUAAUCUUGGAGACCUUAACUUGUCUGGCAAUAUUAUCACAGAAAUUAGUGGAUUGUCAAAAUUAACUACAUUGAAUAAAUUAAAUCUUAGUAAAAAUUGGAUUAACCAAAUUCAGAAUUUUCCAAAUUUAACUCACUUAACUAUAUUGGAGUUACUGAAUAAUACGAUUUUCGAAAUUAAAAAUCUAUCAUAUUUAUCAAAUUUAGAAGUUCUUAAUUUGGGAAGUAAUAAGAUUGAUGAAGAAAUUGAAACAGUCGAAAUAAUGCUAUCAAUUGAUGAAGAAGAGACUGAAAGAGCUCAAAUUCAAUCAUUUAUUGAAUUGAAUUCUUUAAAUAUUGAUGGAUUGGAUUAUUUAGAUAUUGAAGACCCAGAUUUGUUUGAAAAACUUAGAAACAUACUGCUUGAAACUUUAUUUGAUCAGGAAUCUAUAGCACAGCUGGAUGAAUAA